ACUGCACGCCGUAGGUAACCAGGAAGUGUAACCGUAACCAAGAGAACGCUUCGCUUUAUUCAUUACCGUUACUGUUUUGUUGUCGAGCCUGCUAUUAUUAACUGCUUUCUCACAGAAAUUACAGUUUUUACUUUCAUAUUUCGUAUUUACAUUUAAAAAGAUACACGCGUCAGUGCAGUACAAUCAAACUUUUCAACGUGGGUGUUUAAACUAAGCUAGCCGAGCCUGUACUUUCUUGCAGUGGGAGAUCGAUGGCUUUACCGACGCUUUCGGCGCGCUGGCCGGGUCGAGUGCGCGCUCUGGAGAGGCAGCUGGUUCGGCAGAGGGAGCAGGAGGCGCGCUGGAGGCAGCAGUGGGAGCAUCACUCUCAGUACUUUAGAGAUCAGGAGGUCCGGAGCAGUAAACAAGCACACUGGAGUUCAAGGCAGUCCUUCCAGCGCAGUAUGUCAGCUUUUCAGAGGGAGCGGAUGAAGGAGGAGAAGCAGCGGAACCUGCAGGAGCGCAGGGAGCGUCUGAGGACGAUGCUUCAUGAGGAGAGAGACCAGCUGGAGGCCGAGCUCAAAAAUGUUCUUCCAGACAGAACCACAGUGACCAGACAGCUUGUGGAAAAAACAGACGCCCUUCGGUCCGCAAGGGAAGAAAGGAGGAAAAACUUGGCACAGGAGCUGCUGAGGGAACACUGGAAGCAGAAUAACUCUGAACUACGGAAGGCUGAGUCAGGUUUGCACAAAGAUCAUGUUGUGAGUCAGUGGAGAGUCCAACAGCAGGAGAAAAAACAGGCUGAGGAGAAAGCUCAGGAGGAGAAACGUCGUGAGGAGAACGAGUAUGAGAAAGUCAGACGCGAGGCUUUGGAAAGAAUGAGGAAUGAGGAGGAGAGGAGAAAGCAAGAGGAGAUGAAGCGAGCUGAAGACCUCCGUAAACAGAUGGAAGAGCUCAAACUACAGGAACAGGAAGCUGAACGUCUUAAACAGGAACAGGAGGCUUUGAUGUCUCAACGAUGGGAGCUUGAGAGGCUUGAGGAUGAACGGAAGAGGAUAGAGGAGACGAGGAGGAAAACUGAGUUUGGGCAUUUUUUGACACGGCAGUACCGCGCACAGCUGAAAAGAAGAGCACAGCAGGUGCAGGAGGAACUGGAGGCAGACCGUAAGAUCCUUGCAGCGCUGCUGGAAGGGGAGAUGGAGGAGGAGACGCUACAGAAAGCCAGGAGAGAGAGAGCCGUUGCUGACACCGCAUGGAUGAAGCGAGUCAUAGAGGAGCAGCUCCAUUUGGAGAAGCAGAGGGAGGCAGAAUUUGAUAUUUUGUAUCGAGAGGAGGCCCAGCGUGUUUGGGAAAAGAGAGAGGCAGAGUGGGAGAAAGAGAAAAGGGCCAGAGAGAGACUCAUGCGGGAGGUCCUGGCUGGACGUCAGCAACAGCUGGAGGAACAAAUGCAUGAGAACCGACUGGCAAGGGAGGAGUCUCUUCGGAGGAGAGAGGAGCUCCUCCAACAGCUGGAGCAAGAGAGACUUACCCUUCGCCAGGAGAGGGAGGAGCAGGAGGGAGCGCGCACGGCACGCAUGCAAGAGAUCAACGCACAGGUGGAGCAGAAGCACAAGGAACGGUGGGAAGAGCAACAGAGACAGGAGCAAGAAGCGGAGCGGGAGAAGGAGGAGCUUAGGAUGCAGGAGGAGGAGCUUCAUCUUGAAACUGAGAGAAUCAUUCGACAGGGUUACAAGGAGAGAAUUCACACCAGACCCCGGUCAGCAUGGACAUGAGAGCGCUUUACACAGAAAGUAAUAACUUUGUGCCAUGUUUUUUUUUUUUUUAUUAUGAGCUCAGAGUAUCUUCUGGACAUAAGAAUUGGUUUAGGGGUAGCUUGACCCAUUCAUACAUGCUAUUUAUAUAGCCCAUGAAUUGUUAAUGAUUAAUUAAUUGUUUAUGAUUAAUGUGGGUAAGUUCUCAUUUUUACAUUUUAAUACACCAAUGCUGAGAUUUUUAUAUAUUUUAGGUUUGUUUUUAUGUGUUUUUUAUAGAUUAAUUACAAUGUGUAUUAAUAAAGGAAAUAUACUGCG